AAAAAAUAUUUAGCGAGUGCGCGUACAAUUUCCCAAUUCCAAUCAGAUUGUGACAAAGUGUCCAUAACAAUAUAUCGCCAAUCCCUAUAUAUAUAGAAGUAUAUUUAUGUGUGUGUAUAUAGAUAUGUGUUGAGUUUAAUUUGAAGAUGAAACUUGAAGUAAAUUGUUAUCGCAAAGCCGACGGAAAAACACAAUCGCGCGAAUAAUUGAAACAAUCAAAACUGACCGAGGGCAGGCCUUACCGUUACGUCUCCAAUAACUUAGCACCGUGCGACAAGGCGAGGGACCAUGGGUCGAAUUCCACGCGCAUGACAUAUCAUCAAUAUUAUUUGGCCAACUGGCGCCAAAAUACAGAACACACACUCCUAAUUUCCACCCAUUCCAACACAAAGCCUCCAAAUAAUGUUUGAUAUGUGCUAAGCGACAACGAGGAAGAAGCAGAAGCAGAAGAAGAAGAAGAGAACUGAAAUUGAUUAAAGUAAACAAACGACAAAUUCUGCAUUCUUGAUAAAACAUCACUUGCCCCAAAGGUUUUUGUGUGCAAUGCGUAGUGACUUCAAGGAUAAUCACCAGGAGACCAUCAAUAAAAUGAUACAAUUUGGUACCGUUAAAUAUGGCAUUGUCAAACAGCUGAAGGAUCGCGCCAGAAGCGCCGAGAAAGACAUAGCAAGUGAUCAGGAGGACAAUGGCGCCUGCUCGCCGCUGACAACUGCGACGGCUAGCGCCAGUCCGUUAGGCAACAGUCCGUGUCCCAGCCGCAGUCCGCAGCACCAGAGCGAGGACGAGCUGGAUAGGGAGGCGGCAGGGAAGGAGGAGCUCGCCCCGGAGAAGCAGCUAGAAAAUAAUGCGUAUGAGACAAUCGCAGAUCUUAAUCAUAACAACAACAACAACAACAACGACGACGACGCCAAAGUGGUCAUGACAAAGCCGCCCGCCGAGCACGAGAUCGAGCAGAACGCGAACUCAAACGCUUCGAUGCCGAACUCACCCACAGCCGCGAGCUCCUCGAUGCAGGAGCAGGAGGCGACUGGGCAGGCUGCGUGCCCCGCAAAGGACCCGGAACUGGUUGUCGAAAUGCAGGAGCAGAGCACGGCGGACAGCAAGAUCUCGAGUACGCCUCCAGCGAGCAACGCCGCGGAUGCUGCGGCAGCAGCAGCAGCGCAGCAGUUUGGCGCCACACCUGUCACUCUGGAGGCCAUACAAAAUAUGCAGAUGGCCAUUGCACAGUUUGCGGCCAAGACAAUUGCGAACGGCGCCUCCGGCACCGACAACGAGGCGGCCAUGAAGCAGCUGGCGUUCUUGCAGCAGACGCUCUUCAACCUGCAGCAGCAGCAGCUCUUUCAGAUUCAGCUAAUUCAGCAAUUGCAGUCGCAGCUGGCUCUCAACCAGGCUAAGCAGAACGAAGACGAGGCCGACGAGGAGCUCGAGCCGGAAGAGCGCGAGGAUGGCGAAACGGAUACCUACGAGGAGGAGGAGCGCAUCGCAGACAUGGAACUGCGCCAGAAAGCCGAGGCACGCAUGGCCGAGUCCAAGGCGCGCCAGCAUCUUAUCAAUGCGGGAGUGCCCCUGCGCGAGCGAUCCCGGUCCACCUCCCCGGCUGCCUCGUCGCUGUCAGCGUCGUCGUCUCUGAAGCGCAGACGCACCGAAGAUGGCAACGCCAAGCCGCCCAGCGCGAGCGUUAAGCUGUUCGGCGAGCAGGAGAGUCCACAGGAUGCGCUCUCCAAGCUCAAGGAGAUGGAGAACAUGCCGCUGCCGUUCGGCUCAGAUUUGGCCUCUAGCAUCAUUACCAACCACGACGACUUACCAGAGCCCAACUCCCUGGACUUGCUGCAGAAACGCACCCAGGAGGUGCUCGACUCUGCCUCCCAGGGCAUCUUGGCCAACAACAUGGCCGACGACUUUGCCUUUGGGGACAAGUCCGGCGAGGGCAAGGGUCGCAAUGAGCCGUUCUUCAAGCACCGCUGCCGCUACUGCGGCAAGGUCUUUGGCUCCGAUUCUGCUCUGCAAAUCCACAUACGCUCCCACACGGGCGAGCGUCCCUUCAAGUGCAACGUGUGCGGCAGCCGCUUUACCACCAAGGGCAACCUCAAGGUCCACUUUCAGCGGCAUGCCCAAAAGUUUCCGCAUGUGCCCAUGAACGCAACGCCCAUACCGGAGCACAUGGACAAAUUUCAUCCGCCGCUGCUGGAUCAAAUGUCGCCCGACAGCUCGCCGACGCAGUCGCCGGCGCCGGCGCCUGGCCUGCCGCCGACAUCAACAUCCGCCUUGACCCAGAUGCAGUCCUCGAUGUCAUUCGCCUCGAGCGCAGCCUUUCCUGGCCUGCAGGGCAUGUACCGCCCGCCCAUGGAGCUGCUGAAGUCACUUGGCGCAGCUGCUGGCAGCGCUGCUGGACUACCGCAUCCCUUCUUCCCGCAGAUGCCGGGGCUGGGCGCUGCCCUGAAGCACACACAGCAGCAGCAGCAGCAGCAGAAUCAGGAGAUGCCCACAGACCUGCGCAAGUCGUCAGGUCCCAGUUCGCCACGCGAGCAAGAAGAAGACCAUGUGCAAGUGGCCAAUUUGCCAGUGAAAACAGAAUUGAUGGAAGAGGAAAAGCCAGAGAACGCAGCUGAGCAGCAGGCCGCAGCUGAUUGCGCCGAAUCAGAGCCAGAGCCCGAGCCCGAGCCAGAGCCACUGCCGCUUGAGGUGCGGAUAAAGGAGGAGCGUGUGGACGAUGAGCAGGAGCAGGAACAGGAGCAAGGGCGGCUGCAGCAAGCGGAGGCACUUAGCCGACGCACGCCCACGCCAUCAGCCGACGCUGUGACGCACACCCCACCACCCAUGCAUCGGCACCAUCACCACAUGCACUCCCAUUCCAGCGCGAUGCCCGCCUAUCCGCCCGUAGUGCAGCCCAUCCAACCAGCUGCCAUCCUGCACGCCCACUGCUCUCCCAGCUCGCAGGCGCACCUCGAUCAGCUGCCGACGCCCGGGCAGCUGCCCCCGUCAAUGGCGCAGCGGGAGGACUUCUUUGCCGAGCGUUUCCCGCUGAAUUUCACCACCAAGACGCUGUCGCCGGAGCACCACUCGCCCAUCCGCUCGCCCGCCGGCCACGCACACGCACAUAUUCCACGUUCGCCCUUCUUCAAUCCAAUCAAGCACGAGAUGGCUGCCCUGCUGCCGCGUCCGCACAGCAACGACAACUCGUGGGAGAAUUUCAUCGAGGUCUCGAAUACGUCGGAGACCAUGAAGCUCAAGGAGCUGAUGAAAAACAAGAAAAUCACGGACCCCAAUCAGUGCGUGGUCUGCGAUCGGGUGCUUUCGUGCAAGAGCGCGCUCCAAAUGCAUUAUCGCACCCACACGGGCGAGCGGCCCUUCAAGUGUCGCAUCUGCGGACGCGCCUUCACCACGAAGGGCAAUCUGAAGACCCACAUGGCUGUGCACAAGAUUCGGCCACCCAUGCGCAACUUCCACCAGUGUCCCGUCUGCCACAAGAAGUACUCGAAUGCGCUUGUCCUGCAGCAGCACAUACGUCUGCACACGGGCGAGCCGACGGACCUGACUCCCGAGCAGAUUCAGGCGGCUGAGAUCCGUGAUCCGCCGCCUUCAAUGAUGCCCGGACACUUUAUGAAUCCCUUCGCGGCGGCGGCCUUUCACUUUGGAGCUAUGCCAGGCGGCGGCCCCGGCGGUCCACCUGGCGGUGCCGGCAUGCCCGGUGGCCCACACAAUGGCGCCUUAGGCUCGGAGUCGUCGCAAGGCGAUCUCGACGACAACAUGGACUGCGGCGAUGGGGAUGACUUCGAUGAUGCCUCCUCGGAACACUUAUCCAACAGCAAUGACCCCACAGCCGAUGAGCGUCCGCGCUCUGGCGAUGACUUCAAGUCGCUGCUGUUCGAGCAGAAGCUGCGCAUUGACCCCACUGGAGUCGUGAACAUAAACAGCCAUCAGCGACCACAUUCAGCCGCCAGCAAUGCCAACUCUAUCGGCUCCGCAUCGGCCUCUCCCUCGGCGCCCACCAGCCCGAGCUCGCAGCCCAAGCCCAGCUGCUCACCUGUCCGGUCCAUCUCGGAGACUUCCCAGGGUGCACUAGAUCUGACGCCACGGGCUGUUCCUCCUCCGGUCGCCUCUUCUAGCUCGCGUUCACCCCUUCCGCCGCCCGUGGAGCGCAAGGAGAAGACAAUUAGCCCGCUUAGUCAGCAGCCUCCGGUGCGUAGCCCGAAUGGCCCCGCAUCGCUGCUCUCCUCGCAGCUGCCGCCGUCCGUAGGCAUUGAUUGCCUGCCGCCUGGCCUGCAGCAUCAUCUGCAGCAGCAGCAUCAGCAUCUCAUGCAGCAGCAAGCUGCUGUAGCCGCCGCAGCAGCCGCCCAGCAUCACCAUCAUCAGAUGCAGCAGCAUGCGGUUGCUCUGCACCAACACCAGGAGCAUCUACGCCGCGAGGCGCAGGAGGUGCAGCAGAAAGCUGCUGCAGCAGCUGCCGCAGCAGCAGCCGCGGCCCAGCGUCAGGCCUCGCCGCAGCCCGCACCGCGCUCCGGCGAAUCGUCAGUCAGCGGUCCACCUGCCCCACCGAAUCCGCUGAUAACGGCGCGGCCACCCUUCGGCAUGUUUCCCAAUCUACCAAUAUUCCCGCCUGCCACCACACAAAACAUGUGCAACGCCAUGAACCAAAUCGCGCAAUCCGUAAUGCCAGCCGCACCCUUCAACCCACUGGCGCUCAGUGGAGUGCGCGGCAGCACCACGUGCGGCAUCUGCUACAAGACAUUCCCCUGUCACUCGGCGCUUGAGAUCCACUACAGGAGCCACACCAAAGAGCGGCCCUUCAAGUGCAACAUCUGCGAUCGCGGCUUCACAACUAAGGGUAACCUCAAGCAGCAUAUGCUGACACACAAGAUUCGCGACAUGGAGCAGGAGACCUUCAGAAAUCGUGCAGUAAAAUGAACGAAUGGAGCGAUGAUCGUGAAUAAGUUAAAUAAUUAUCGAUAGAUUGAUCAACAGUAAUCCAAAUAACAGCCUCUGGCCGUGAAAAUAGACUCUCGCAACAAUAUGAUCUCAUGCUGUGUUGUGAAGUGCGAGUUAAUGCAAAGUGUGGACACGCAACGUUGACGGCGACUACUGACUGCGAGCGGAGAGGAGGUGGAGCGUCCUCACAAGGUAGUCCACAGAGAGUCCAUACAAAAGAAGAAGCAGAAGAAGCA